CAGACAGACUCUGGAAGGAAAUAAUGAAUUUAUUUGAGGAAGAAAACUUCAAGUCAUCAGAUGUGGGUGAAUAAGCAGAACUAAAGUGCCACCAGUUUCAAGCUUCUUUUCUGAAGAAUGAUGUCUCACUCUCAAGACCUCACACUUUCCUGGUCCUCAAGAAGAUAUGCAGAGCUGUCUGCCAUAACUCCUAAAGGAAAUGUGACCAACACCACAAUUGAGAUGCUUCAGAGCAGUAUGCUUCAAAUCACUUUGCCCAUUCUCUUCUCCAUUAUUUUCAGCAUCAGUGUCCCUCUCAACUGUGUUUCCUUAUGGUUCCUUUGGUGGUAUUCAAGGCCUUGGACUCCCAUCAUCAUGUUCUCCAUUAACCUGACCAUCGCAGACUUACUUUACAGCAUGCUCCUCCCCUUUCAAAUAAUCUACCACCUGAAGAAAAACAAUUGGCUCUUUGGGGAUGCCCUGUGCCGUGUUAUCACUGUUCUGUUCUAUGGAAACAUGCACUGUUCCAUGUUAACCAUGAUGAGUAUCAGCAUUGAACGCUAUCUGGGGAUCGUCCAUCCUCUGCAUUACAAAGCCAUGAGGCCAAUCAGAACUUCUAUCUUGACCUGCAUUGUCAUCUGGGCACUCGUUUUAUUGCCACUCAUCCCUCUCAUGAAGCAUAACCUGACCAUUCAUGUUCAACAGUUGUCAAUAAUCACUUGCUUUGAUGUUUUGCCUCAAAACAUGUUUUCAGGGAAGAAGCAUUUCAUUGCUUACUUUGGCUCCAAGACGUUUUUCUUCUUUUUCCUCCCUUUAAUUGUCAUGGGAUUCUGCUACAUCUCAAUCAUCCGAACUCUUCUUCAUUCCUCUUCUACACAACUCAGAGAAAGCAAGAGGCAUACUGUCCAUUUGAUAAUUGUGUUGUUGGUUGUGCUCUCCAUUUGUUACCUGCCCCAUAUUGUCAUAUCAGCAGUCCAUUAUGCCUAUAGUUUUCAUAACAAGUCAAUUUAUGUGGAAUAUAAACUUUCACUUGUAAUGAACAGCUUCAACUGCUGUUUUGACCCACUGGUUUAUUACUUUGGCUCCAAGGAAUUUCGCCGAAAGAUACAAGAGAAGCUCUGCAGAUGCGUGGUUGGUAGUUUCAGCGAAAAUACCCCAAUCUUUUCAGAACAUGACAUGCAAAUAACACCAAUAGGAAAUGUGCCAAAGAAGCAGUGCUGGAAUAUAAUAAACUAGUCAUUGCAAUCGAAUUGUCAUCAACAAAGUUUAGAAGCCAUCAUUCACAGCAGGACUUCAAGUCUAGGCUGCACUGGAAACCCAACUAAGCAACAUUGUCAUUUGGUGCUUCCAGAAGUGAACCACGAAUGUCUGCCACAUUUUCAAGUGUAUAUAUUAAAGGUGCCGUACAAAGAUCAACCAGUCUGGUAUUGAUAAGUUACACUUUUUUGAUGCAGCUGUUUUGGGAGUUUGUGGUACAUGAUAAAACUGUGUGAUGGUAGCAAUAUUUAUCAAACCACCUUUGACUUGUCUAGACCUAAUAGAUCAAAUAUUAAAGAUGGUUUGGUUGACUGAAGGCAUUCAUCUUUUGAGACAGCCUACCUAGGAUAUCAUGAACAAUUCUAACCACUGAACCACCAAACAGUGAGGACUAAGAUAGGAACCAUUGUAAUGAUCUAAAAUCACUGUAAUGCUGUUCUUCUUUUACACUGGUCUUGCAAAGCUAUGUAUAGAAAGGCUCUUCUAGACUGUAUGAAGCAUAUUCAGUACCAAGCAUGCUAUUUCUUGUAAGGACA